CGUAGUACUCGGGCCCGGGGCCGCGCGUGACGGGCGACGCGCGCGAGCGGCAUGAGCGCGCACCGGGGCCAGUGACCGCCUCGGGGAUGGACUGCGGCUCGGUCGCGGACGAGAGGCCGAAACGUCCGCCGGGUCGCCGGCGGCUGCUGCUCUUCCCGCCCGCAGGCCGCUGCGGAAGCCCGGGCGGCCGCAGAGCCCCGGCGCGCCGCUGCCUCUCCGCGCUCCCCGGAGGUCUGGGGGCCCUGCGCACCCCCUCCCCGGCGGCCCGCGGCGGCGCGUCACGUGCCUCCCCGCUGCUCCUCCUCCUGCUCGUGCCCUCCCCGCGGCUGGCCGCCGCCGCCGCCGCCCCGCGCCGGCCGCUCAGCGACUGGGAGCGCUCGCGCUUCGGGCCCGCCGCGUCCGCGGCCGGGCGCGGCGGCGCGUGGAGGAACCCGCCGGGCCUCGCCAGUGCCGCCGGCGCCCUCCACGUGGGCCACGGCAUGGCGGCCGCCCUCGCUUCCUCCAGGAGAGAGCUAAGCCUGUCUGCUGGGUACCUGCAGCUGGGACACAAAAGAAGAGAUUUCACCUCUUCUGGGAAUAGAAAACUCUACUUUGACACUCAUGCCUUAGUGUGUUUAUUCGAAGAAAAUGGGUUUACUACUCAGCAAGCAGAAAUCAUUGUGUCUGCAUUGGUCAAGAUCAUGGAGGCCAACAUAGACAUCGUCUACAAAGAUAUGGUCACCAAGAUGCAGCAGGAGAUCACUCUUCAGCAAGUAAUGUCACAAAUUGCUAAUGUGAAAAAGGAUAUGAUUAUUUUGGAGAAGAGUGAAUUUUCAGCCCUUAGAGCAGAAAAUGAGAAAAUAAAACUUGAACUACAUCAGUUAAAACAACAAGUAAUGGAUGAAGUGACCAAAGUCCGAACAGACACCAAAUUAGACUUCAAUCUAGAAAAGAGCAGAGUGAAAGAAUUGUAUUCAUUGAAUGAAAGGAAGCUGCUGGAAUUGAGGACAGAAAUAGUGGCACUGCAUGCCCAGCAAGAUCGGGCCCUCACCCAGACAGACAGGAAGAUAGAAACUGAGGUUGCUGGCCUCAAAACCAUGCUCGAGUCGCACAAGCUUGAUAAUAUUAAAUAUUUAGCAGGAUCUAUAUUUACGUGCCUAACAGUAGCUCUGGGAUUUUAUCGCCUGUGGAUGUAAUAAAGUAUCUAUUUAAAGAGAUUUUUAUUGUUCUGCCUCGAGAAUACCACAUUGUUGUCCUUUUUUUUCUUUUUUUAAAUUUUAACCCUGAUAUUGACUUAAUGUGUAUUUAUAUUUUUGCAAAUUAUGGACACAUAACCAGAGGAAAGAAGUCAGGAAUUGCAUAACCAUUCCUUUCAUUUCUGUUUAGUUGACUUUUUAACUGAGUGGUGGUGGACGACAACUCAUUGAAGCCUCCGCUCAGUGGCACCAGUGAACUUGUACUAGACUAUGGUGCACACCAACAAAAUAUAUUUGAAUGAUUCUCUACAAUUUAA